AUGACUCAACAAAACAUGUUGUCGGAAGUUUAUUCAUCAUUGAAGCCACUCUUCAUCGUUUCACACCUGACUGGAGUAUUUAUCUUCAGAAUCGACACAAAAUCUAGCAAAAUUGUUACAUCAAUCUGGAAUAAAAUAGCAGUUUUGACAUUUUACAUGAUUUACAUCAUUGGAAUCUACCCAUACUCAAAAUCAGAACUGAUUCAACAACUGUUUUUCACAAAUACAUCAAAAGCAAGCUCAUUUGCAUUAAUUCAUUUGGAUCACAUGAUGACUGUGUCGUCAGUAUUUUGGAUAUUUUUAAAAAGAGAAAAAUUCUUCAAGAUUUUGCUAAAAUUGAGCGAAAUUGAUGAACAUUUGAUGAAUUUGGGAGUCAAAAUUGACUACAGAGAUGGUAAACGGAAGUUAAACUUUGCGCUGAUUUUUAUUUUAUUUAUUCAAUUUUUCCUGACAAUUUUAAGUUUUUUACAUCAAAUUUUUAAUCAUGAAAAGUUGGAAAUUUUUCCAGUCAUUUAUAGCUUUAUGGUCUUCAUUAAUGGUGUGACAAUGGUGACACAUUUUGUAGUUAUGAUGUUCAAUAUUGCCAGUCGAUUCCAAAAUAUGAAUUUGUGCAUUAAAAAUUCAACUGAAAAUCUUCUCAAAAUUCAUUCAAACAUUAUGGAAUGCGUUGAAAAUUUUAAUUCAGUUUAUGGAACAUUAAUGAUGAUAUUUUUUGGUAAUUUGUUUAUUUGGUGCUGCAUAUCAGCAUCACUUAGCAUUUAUGUAUCAAAAUCAGACAUUCAAAUGACACUUGGUAUUUUUGGAAGCUUAAUCAUGGCUUGUUUUGCUUUAGUUUUGAUAAUCUAUGCAGCUGAAAAGAUAUUAAAUGCUAGGCAAAAAGCACUGAAGUUACUUUACAUAAAGUUAGAUGCUGAGCCUGAAAAUGCUGUUGAGAUUUUUAAAAUCAUCAUGCAAAUUAAACACACAAGUGUUGGAUUUUCAUACGUCCUUGAUGGAAAAACCUUAAAAAUAAGCUCAAUGAUUCCAAACAAUACGGAUUUUGUAGUUGAUAGGAACUUUGUAUUCGAAUCACAGGGCAAGAAUCUUGAGAUAGGCACAGUGUCCAACACAUAUGAUACUAUUGAUGACAUUAUUGAGAGAACCACCAAGAAGAGAUUGUUUAUUUUAUCAUCAGAAGCUGGUGCUGGUAAGACUGUAGCUUUUCAACAGCUAACAAUGAGGAUUAAAGAGAAAUAUCCAACAAAGUGGGUAUCUUAUAUAGACUUAAAGGAGCAUACAAUGUUCUAUAAUGCUAGUGGGGAUUUUGAGGAUCUUGGAGGGCUUUUAAAUAAUAUUUUAGGUCUGAGUACAAAGAAUGAAUUUGAAAUGAAAAUUUUUGAGGAACUUUAUAGGUCUGGGAAUGUAGUUUUGUUGUGGAAUGGAUUUGAUGAAAUUUCUCCAACAUUUAAUGGAUUUAUUCUGGAUGUUUUAGGAAAUAUCCAUGAAAACUCGACAAAUGUCCAAUAUGUAUGUACAAGACCUUUGUAUUCUGGUCAAUUAAAGUUUGUGUCUAAGUACUAUCCAUAUCAAUUGAUUCCAUUUAACAAUGACGAACAAAUUGAAUUUUUGACAAAAUUUUUCCAAACUCAAAAAGUCAGUUCCGAUAAAAUUGAAGGUUAUAUUAAAAAAGUUCAAAGUAUAUCCGAAAGAUUAAAAUUUAACACACCCUUAAUGCUUAAAUUAAUUGCUGAAAUUCAUGAAUAUUCAGAUUUGUUUGAGUCUGAAAACUUUUACAAAAUUUAUGAAAAAUUCCCACAAAAUUUGAACUAUUUAGCACCAAAACUUAGGAAUUUGAAGCCUAGAUUCGAAACCUUUGCAAUAAUUAUUGAACUUUUAUUCAGCACAAAAUUUGAACUAUUCAGCUCCAAAACUUAUCCAAUUGAAAUCUAG